UUAAAAAUAAAAACACAUUUAAAAUAGAAAAAUAACAAUGUUGUUAUCCUAAAAUAAUGUUUUUAAAUCAAUGAAAUUUAAAAAUUAAGAAACUGAAAUAUUCAUAAAAUAUUAUAAAUUUAAAAUUUUGUUGACAUUUUUUAUUUUUAAACUAAUAACAAAUUAUUAUUAAAUAUCAAUAAAAAAAUUAUGUCCCCAGUGACUAAUCCUCAAGAUGUACUCAUACACCUCCGACUUCUGAAACGAGUAGAAGAAUCGCGUAUGCUUGCGCAUGAGAUAUGGCCAGGAGAAAAACAGGAAGUUCCAACUUUCAAAAUCGCCGUUGCUAGCGUCUACGAGUCAGACCUUCACGAUGAGCUUAAAUCCACCAUCUCUGACAAAGGAAUGGAGAUUCUGUUUGGGGAUACGUUUAGAACGAGGGAUGGGUACUACGCCUUGGACUUGUUUCGGGUUAUUGCUUCUCAUGACCUUGAAGAAUUCUCAAAUGUGCUUAAAGCUGCAAUCACUGAUAUUGAGAGAGCAAAUAGGGAUAUUGACUUGGGGGGUCUAGUUAUUGGAGAAAACAUCUCUUCUCAUGUGUAUCAAGGUACACUCCAUUCUAAAGAAGUUUGUGUAAGAGAGUUGCAAACCGAUCGAAGCCUUUGGCAACCAUCACGGUUUUGGAAAAAAAUGAAACUGUUCAGUGGACUUGGUCAUCCCAACGUGGUACGAUGUCUUGGUGCCAACACACAAGGCACCGACUUGAAAAUAAUCACAGAGUACAUGCAUGGUGGAACCCUCUUUCACUACUUGCAACGAAAUCAUUGUGUUUUGACUCUCUCUCAACGGUUGAAGAUGGCCAUUGAUGUGUGUAAAGGAAUCGAGUUCCUGCAUGCGAACAUGAUCAUACACAGAAAUCUGAACUCUAUGAAUCUUCUCUUGGAUGAGAAUAAUGUUGUCAAGGUUGAUGUUGCUGCUGCUCUGUACCUCUUGUGGGCUGGGAAGAAUACCACCCCUGAAUUGGAAGCUAUGUUGUUGAGAAUUCCUACUCCUGAGCAAAAUAACACCAAAAUCAGAACAUGGUACAGAUGGACAGCACCGGAAGCAAUGAACGAAGAGAAAUAUGGUGAUAGAGCAGAUGUGUAUAGCUUUGGACUGUUGUUGUGGCAUCUGAUAACAGCUAAGCUACCGUAUGAUCAUUUAGAUAACAUAUCCCCUUGCCUAGCUGCACAACGUGUUAUAGGGGGAGAAAGGCCAGCAAUACCAGAAAAUAUGAAUCUAAAGCUCAAAAUCAUUGUAGAAAACUGCUGGAAUGAAGACCCAUUUUUCAGGCCUAGUAUAUCUCAAGUGAGUACAACAUUGCACACACUGCUCUCAACAGUUAAUGAGCCAAAGCAUGAGCCAGAGCCAGAAGCAGAGUUUGUAUCAGCUAAUCCUAUUCCUACAGAAUCAGUCUACAACAUCUCACCCUACUUUGCCGCUAGCUAAUCUAUACAGCUGUUUAGCUGAAGCUGACACCGAAUAAAGUUCAGGGACAAGAUGCUAGCUAGGAACGUGUCCAUCCUGAUAAAAUCUAUAUGACACAUGUACAUUUGCAUGCCCAAAACUUUUUUUUUUUUUUUUUGCAUAUGCCCUUUGUGAUCAAUUGUGAAUUUCGAGAUUCCAGGUGUGAAUUUUAGAAAGUGCAGAACCAAAUAGGAGAGUCACAACUUACAGUUCUCUUAAUCGUGUAUAUUGCGAUCUCUUGAUUCUUGUAAUGAACCUUUUGCAAAUAUGCAAACAAAUCUCUUGAAUCUUGUAAUGACGCAACAAAAACCUGACAUUUGCCAUAGUGAAUAAAAUCUAAUCAUACUGUCUACCAUCUCUAGAUCAUACUAAUGAUCUCUUAUUCACUUUCCAAUUUAGUUUAACAUCGGUACGCUUUUGAUUACUGGCGAGAACAGAGACGUGAAACAAACGGAAGUAGUUUAAAGAGACGACAACAACACAUGUUUAUUAUACCUACGUGAAUUUCGUGUCCACAAUAUUUCUCAGCUUUCUUCUUCUUAGCCUCUUUAGGUUUUGUAAAGGUAUUGGAGAGGUAAGAGGAACAUGAUUUGAUCAGUCAUAUUGAAUUUUAUUAAAAAGUAGUGCAAUGGCCUACAGUUAUAAGACCAUGAUUAACCAGGGUUUUUAGUGUGGGGAUUCUUAACCUAAGUUAAGAACCAUUUCUUAGCUUUUAACUAAGAAAAACUAAAAACCAUUCUUAAAUAAGAGAUAUAAAAACACCAUUAACCCAGGUGCUUAAUAGGUUGCUUACUGAUUUUUGGAUUAAAAAAAAGGAAAAAAAAUAAUUAGAAAAGAAACGGUACUUAAUUAAGCCUCAGAAGAAGCAGCGGUGCUUAGUGGACACGUGUUGCCGAUCAUUAACUCCGCGUCCCUUUCUCUCUCUCUCUCUCUCAAGAAACGUAAGUGUACUCGUCAUCUUUGCUCGGAGAGGGAUUUCUCUCGCGGAAAUCGACGCUGAGAUUGAGAUCGCGGACGGCGACGGCGAGGAUAUUGGAGCAAGAGACGGUGUUGGGACAGGCGAGCUCGAGAGCGGUUUUGGGCGGAUCACAACGUCGAAUCCGUCUCCGGGGAAUGAGAGGUUGAUGGGGUCAUCGCGUUCGGCAGCGUUUAAAGCGGUGGAGGAGACGAGGACGGAGGCGUCGCAGAUUGGGGAAACAUUCGCUAGCGAGUUUCAUUUCUUCCUCUCCUGCGAUCUCAAUUCUCCCGUCACUUUCUGUACCGAGAAGCUCGAUGGAAUCCUCCUUGUCGAUAAAUCUACUGAGUCGGAGGACAAAAGACCAGAGCUUUACGUCGAGUGUGCAUUGUAAAUAGAUGGAGUUCUUUUUGGUCUUCCCAUGAGAACAAGAUUGAACACUACAGGGCCAGCAUACUGCUGGAACAAACUCAUCACUCUCUGAGAUACAGAACUUGGAAAGUUUAAUCCUUCAGAGCACAAACAACUAAAGCUUGCAAGGAGCUUGGAUCGUGGCAUUAUUGACAGGGAUCUCAAACCGAGUAAUAACGAGCGGAAAUCAAUACAAAAGUUCUAAAAUAUCCGCCAACAAGGACUUUGAGUGAAGAUGAAAGACAAAGUUUCUUCGCUGUGUGGAGUGGAGUGAUGUUCAGGAAGCAAAACAUCACAUCCCUUCAGCACAUUGUAAGUUUUCUGUAGAAUGUAUAUGCCAAAUUUUGUGGAUGAAAGGUAUGUGUAGCUUGGUUUACUCUUGAACGUCUUCUUCUUGGUUUACUCUUAUAGGAUGUUUCAAACAAAGUUGGCUUACUUUCUGAUGAUGGCAAGAGAUUUUACAAACAAAAGUGUUUCUUAAUUUUUUUUUUUUAAAUAUGUUUUAUAUAAUAAAUAAAUUUUAUCUUAAAUAAAACAAUGUUUAACCAUGAUAAUCUUAUCAUUGGGGCGUUAGAUGACAUGAAGCUUGUGGAUCACCCAGUUAAUGGCAUGCUGGAAGAGGAAGUUGAUGGCGAGGAUCUUUUAGAGCUUGACCUUAUGGAAAUGGAAGGUAAUCAGUCUCAGCCUAGGCCGAUUGAGGAUAAGGGACAGAGCUCAAACAAGAACUCCAAAGGGAUUAAGAAGCUUGGCGUUAAGUGUAAUGCUCCUUUGGAUAUCAAUAAUAGGAAGUUUGAGGUCCUUCGUAGGGGAUCUCCAAGCAAAUGUUCUGCGUCUACAUGAGCACAUGCAGCAGGGGGUGGUGAAAAACUAAGACGUCGCCACGGGUCUAACAAAGGCAAGGACAAUGCGCCAAAGCAUGAUGGUUUGAUGAGUUUCAAAUACUCAUCACGACACUAUCCAUGAAGACAAUCAGUUGGAACUGUCAAGGGAUUGGGAAUGACCUCACAGUUCGACGCCUUACAAAGAUGUGUCAGAAGCAUCGCCCAUGACUUGUGUUCCUUUCUGAGACAGAGAACAGGAGGCUCCUGUUGCAAAACAUUCAGGCCGACUUAGGAUUUGAUUAUUUAUUUACUGUUGAACCACUUGGCCUCAUCGGAGGUUUAACUUUAUUUUUUAUGGAUGAAUUUCAAGUUAAUGUUUUAUUUUCGAAUAACCGUAUGAUUGAUAUUGAGGCAGUCAUUGAUGGAAUAAAAGUCUAUAUGACGUUUGUUUAUGGGGAUCCUUUACUAGAGAGACGUGAUCAAGUUUGGGAACGUCUUACGCGUUUCUCAACAACAAGAUCUGGACCUUGGUUUAUGAUAGGAGAUUUUAAUGAAAUUACGGGUCACAAUGA